ACUAGCGCGGUCGCCGAAGAAAUAUGGCAGGAAAUAACAGAGCGUGUGUGAUGUUUACAGUAUUCACUCUUGCGGAGAGGCCGCUGUAAAUGAGCGGUCCGUUAUCAGUAGUUUAUAAUGAGCGGUGCUGUCUGUUCUGCAGCGGUGCGGACGGAGCUCCUGGAGCCGCAGUGACACGGACAGGAGCGACGGGGCCGCUGCUGCAGCCCCCCAGAACAGACUCGGGCAGGUGUGGACAGAUCAUACGCUGAUCUCAGCACCAGGACAUUACCAUGUACUGCAGACGAACUUCAUCUGAAAUGUCCACUUGGCCCAGCAGCAACAGCAUUACAGAGCUUCUAGGGGCACUGUGUGACUGCAGCCUGUCAGGCGUGUCAUGGAAGCGUCUCUCUUUGGGCGGUGCCUCAAGGGAGGUGUUCCGCCGCACCCUCCGCAAGAGAGCCUACGGCGCACUGCUAUCCAAACUCUUUCAGGACAGCUCCUUCAAAACCAACUCAACAGCAAAUGCAUUGGCUACCACGCCUGCUCACAACAAAAUGCUGAUGAUUUCCUUCGACCUGCGUGUCUCUGGCCGCAUCGAAGAAGCGGAGAGACUCGAGGUCCUCCUGGCGCAGCUCCAUGAGGUGGCCCUUUCGUCCGGUCUGGCUGAGCUGGAUUCUGUCUUGGAGUUGCUGGUGCAGUUGGCCGGUUCUGUUCCUCCACCAGCAGUGUCCUUCAGCAGGGACUACAUGCGGCGGGAGCGGCCUGUGCUCCGCAGGCCUCCCCUGGGUGGCUACCUGAGCCAGGAGAUGCAGAGGCUAGAGAGCAGGGCCUGGGCUCUGGUGUGUGAAGAAGAGUGGGGGGCGUUUGGGGGUGUUUGUAGGACGUUAAGCCUGAUGGACGCUCCACCAGGGACUGGCCUGCCAGGCCUGGGCAGGAGAGCAGAAGUAGAAGAGAAGUUUGAGAGGGAAACCAGGCUGUCCCUGUUUGGAGCUCUGCAGCACUCGAGGACAUCAGAUAUGGACAUCCGGCUGGACUUGCCACCUGUGCCCAGCAACGCAGAGGUCACUGGACUCACUAUUCGGGUUCCUCAGUGUUUGGAUCAGUCAGAGGAUGAAGGGUUCCAGUCUGCCUCCAAUCUGACGCCAGACUCACAGUCUGAGCCCAGCCCUAGUCCUGAGGUUGACAUCUGGGAGGCCCUGCGCACAUUUGUGCCUGGCAGGCGCCGCUGCUGGGAAAACGUGGGCUGUCCCCCAGGUCAGAAGGAGCCUCCCUAUCUGUCGGAAGCAGGCAGGGAGGCGUUUGAUCAGCUGUACCGGCUCUGGGAAGGAGAAGUUAGGAACAUGAUCUCGUCUCAGACUCCCUCUCCUCUGCUGCCUCUACCUCUGGACUGCCAAACUCAAUUAGUUAAAGACCUCCUCAAUGUGCUUAUAGGGGUGGCCUCUGCUACUUUCCCUCUCAAUGAGGUGAGCGUGCAGUUUGAUGUGCGUCCGGAUGUAUGUGUGUCGGGAACGUCCCCGGAGAGUGUGUCGCGGCUGUUAGCAGAGCUGGCGCAGUACGGCACACAUUACCUUCGUCUGAGCCGUUUCUCUCUGGGCACUGCUGAUAAGAAAGGCCUGGUGUUUCAGGCCUUCACGGGUGGUCUGAGACGCUAUCUGCACUACUACAGAGCAUGUGUACUGAGCACACCCGCCUCACUCAGUCUCCUCACCAUCGGCUUCCAUUUCCGCAAGCUGGGACGCCAGCUCAGGUAUCUAUCUGAGCUGUGCUGUGUGGAUGGAGCUGCGGGUGCAAAGCAGGCUACCUUCCCUGUGGGUGUGAAGCUUCUUUCCUACCUGUAUAAUGAAGCGCAGAGUAACUGCAGUAAUGAGAACUACCCUGUCCUGCUGUCUCUGCUGAAGAGCAGCUGUGAGCCCUACACACGGUUUGUGUCAGACUGGGUGUACAGUGGAGUGUUCAGAGAUGUGUAUAAAGAGUUCAUGAUCCAGGUUAAUGAAGACUUCCUCAGCUACAGAGAUAAACAUUUCUGGGUGCAGGGCUACACUCUGAUCUCAAGGGAUGCGGAGGACUGCGUGCCUGUGUUCCUCCGACACAUUGCUAACGACGUUUAUGUUUGUGGAAAGACCAUCAACCUGCUCAAGAUCUGCUGCCCCCAGCAUUACAUCUUCUGGUCGGAGUUGCCGGUGCCGCGGAUCGCAGUAACAUUCUCUCUGCGUGAGGUGGAGGAGAUAGAGAGAGACUGUGCUGUGUACCGAGGCCGCAUGGAGACCAUCGCCAAACACAGUGCUGUCAGCAGAGAGGAGCAGGUAUUGCGUACAGAGUUGGCACGCCAAGAGCUCAUCAAUCAGGUCAGAGAGUCGGCAGCCAAGACGCUGGAGAGCAUCCGAGGCCGCCAGGUGUCACAGCGUCUGGCUGAGGAGGUGAAAAAGAGAGAACGCUUUGAGGAGUUGAGACAGCAGCUGGAGCUCGACCAAGAGUGGCGCAGUGCUGCUAAAAGGAAGGAGCAGGAGGAUGACUUCAGCUUUGCUCGCGAGCUCAGAGAUAGAGAGCAGAGGCUGCAGGCCCUUGAGGAGCAGCUGGAGCGCAGGGCACGCAUGGACCUGAUAGCACAGUAUAGUCGCCUGUCUGAAGAGGCUGCAAAGAGAGAACGGAGAGCUAUGUGGAAGGUUCAGAGAAUGAGGCUGGAUGAAGCCAGAGUGAGCUUUCUACAGCAGGACCAACAGGCCAUACAGGCUUUGCUGAAGAAGUAUCCUUUAGGGCAGCAACGCCCUACUCAGGAACCACAUCAACAUGAGCAGGAACCGCAUACUUCUGAACCACCGAUGAAAACCCUAAAUGUGACUGUGAAACCCACUGUUGGUUCGGAGUCAAUCCCACCUCCUCUCUGCCCAUCGCCACCACGUGGACCUUCCAUUUCCUCCUCUGCAGCUGCUGACGUGCUCAUCUCUGAUGAGAUCGACAUUACAGACUUCCUCCCUAAGCCACCGCGUGUCCCGGACAGUAAAGCUAUAACGCAGGCUCUUCAAGACAUCGGCUCCGACCUUCCACAAUCCCUGCCACAGAAUUCAGACUAUGACUUCUCCUCCCCCUAUCCUCAUGAAUACCUUAAGCCUCGCCCUCGUCCUGCGCACCCCUCCGUGUCCCACACUGAGAUUGGGGAAAAUGUGUCUGAAGCCCAAAGUUCGGUGCCAUUAGCAAAGCCUAGGGCAAGUGAAUAUGGCCACCCCUCACUCAGCUCACUGCCGCUGGAGAACAGUGCCGCCUCAGGGCAUAGAAGCCCAGACGUCCUGUCACAAACCAGCUUGACUGAAGCAGAGCCAGCAGGAGAGACACAACAGAAAAAUGUGGCCGCGAACCAAAGGCAGGAGGCAGACGAAGAGGCCAGAGAAAGGAACUUGGAUGGAGAAGGGAAAGAGCCUUCAGCAUGCAGUGCACAUUCAGAGCCAAAACAAGCAACAGAUGACACAGCAGACGAGGCCAAACAGAGUGAGCAGCUUGCUCAGCCCCCUCAUAUGACAGCUAAGGAAACUCCAACUGAGCUGCCUCUCACCAGUGUCUGCAGCCAAGACUUAGGUGCUCCAAGCAAAAAUAAGAACAGCGUCUCAGGGCUAACUAGUCUUCCUCCCACCACUUCUGUCCAAGGCCAUGCUUCUGAUGCCCAUAUAAGGAUUGGAGAGCUUGUCUCUGAGGUUACCGCUAAUCUCCCCACGCCCAAUAUUCAUGGCCAUGCUUCAGAUGCUCAUAUUAAAAUUGGUCAGCUUGUUUCAGAAGUGUCUAUACCUAGUCCAUCUCCUAAUGUACAUGGCCAUGCCUCUGAUGCUCAUAUUAGGAUUGGUGAGCAUGUGUCUGAUGUAACCACGCCUACCCCCUCCCCUAAUGUCCAUGGCCACGCCUCUGAUGCUCAUAUAAAAAUUGGACAGCUAGUUUCUGAGGUAACUGCCCCAAGACCGUCCCCCAAUGUCCAUGGCCACGCCUCUGAUGCCCAUAUUAAAAUUGGAGAGCUUGUUUCGGAGGUAACAACCUUGACCCCUUCCCCUAACAUCUAUGGCCAUGCCUCUGAUGCCCAUAUAAAAGUUGGCGAGUUUGUAUCAGAAGUUGUUCCUUCUCGUCCUCGUUGGAGCAAGCAUGGCCACUCUUCAGACAGCACACUAAAAGUGGGCUGUGUGAUGCCAGAGACUGAACCCUUUCAUUCCCCCUUGCCGGGCAGUGCUUACGGUCACUCUUCAGACUCUAGACUGGGUAUAGGGUGUGUGGUUACAGGCAGUGAGCAGCCCAACCCCCGAUUGCCAGCCAACACACACGGUCACAGCUCAGACUCCACACUAAAGGUUGGUUGUAUUGUGUCUGGAUCAGAUCCUCUUCCAUCCCCACUGCCCGGUAGUGCAUACGGACAUUCAUCGGACUCAACACUCGGGGUAGGUUGUGUAGUGAAAGGGGCAGAACCCCCUAGACACCCCCCUCUCCCAGGCAGUACUCAUGGUCAUUCCUCUGACUCCACACUGGGCAUGGGCUGUGUGGUACGGGGGGUCUUGCCUGGAAGCUCAUAUGGCGAAGUCCUUCAGACAAGAUCAAACUUGACCACAGAAGGAAAGGACAAACAAGAGAGCAUAGAGACCCAAGGCUCCACAGCAGCACCUCCAGAGCUGCUCACUCUGGAUGAGGGUCUUGCUGCCUGGGCUCAGGGGCUGGGUCUGUCCCCUGGAGAGAGCCCAGAGGAUGACUACCUCCUGAAUCUGGCCUCUCAGUAUGAGGCUGAGCAGUAUGAGGAUUCUUACAGCCUGAUGAUGUCUGCCCCUGAUGCACAGCUCCUGCAACAGGUAACGCGUGGCCCGAAUGGUUUGCCAGUGGACGCCUCCCUGCACUGUGCCACAGACUCCACUGCGGUCCAGCUCAGCGAGAUGAUGCCUCUUCCUGUGCUUAUGAAACACUCAGUCACAACCCCACUCAUUACACAUUUGUCUCUGGUGAAUAAGGCGGUGGUGGAUUACUUCUUUGUGGAGUUGAGAGUGGAGAAGCACUUUGAGGCUUUGAGGCACUUCUUGCUGAUGGAGGAUGGCGAGUUUGCUCUCUCGCUCACUGACCGCCUCUUUGAGAAACUGGGCAGCGGUCAGACCCCCGGUGAGCUGUUGACUCCUCUGGUGUUGAACUCCAUUCUGAACAAGGCCAUGCAGUACAGUCUCCAUGGCGACAGUGAGCUGGCCGCUAACUUCACGUUUGCACUGCGCUACCUGCCCGAGGUUUUCCACCCGCACGCCCCUGACUCGCUCAACUGCCUCGAGCUCCGCUACAAGGUGGACUGGCCAUUAAAUAUAAUAAUAACAGAUAGCUGUAUGAAUAAGUACAACCGGCUCUUCUCCUUCCUGCUGCAGCUCAAACACAUGGUGUGGUCUCUGAGCGAUGUCUGGUUUCAUCUCAAACGAACAGCCCUGGUCAAGGGAGCAGGCAGGUCAGUGCAGUUCCGGCAGCUGCAGCUGUACAGGCAUGAGAUGCAGCAUUUUGUGAAGGUGAUUCAGGGCUACAUCGCUAACCAGAUCCUGCAGGUGUCUUGGAGCGAGUUCACUCAGAAACUCAGCAGUGCCAGCGACCUCGACACCAUCCACCGCACACACGCAGAGUACCUCAACAGGGCCAUCUUCAGGGCUCUGCUGACAGAGAAGGCUGCUCCAGUGAUGAACAUCAUCCACAGCAUCUUCAGUUUGAUCCUGAAGUUCCGUGGGCAGCUGAUCGCACAGUCCUGGGAGAGCCAGCAGGGGGAGACGGUGCACCCCAGCUUCAUCGCCAUGCAGCAGUCUUACAACACCUUCAAAUACUACUCACGCUUUCUGUUCAAAGUGGUCUCCAAGCUGGUUGACAAAGGCUACCAGCCACAUUUAGAAGACUUUCUGCUGCGCAUCAACUUCAACAACUACUACAAAGACUCAUGACGUUUUGGCUGUCUUUGUGAACUGCUGAUGAAAUGGGCUUUUCCUCUAGCUGCUUUGGCACCAGUGUUGACAUCAGUAAGGCUCUCUAUAUGCAAAUAAUGUGCUUAUCAACAUUGUAGUUGCUCUGCAAUGUGAGUCCAUGGUGCUGCUCUAAGAUAUUUUGUGGCUAUUCUAUACCAAGCUAAGUGCAAGUUACAAAGGUAACACUAGUUAAUGUCUGUACAGUCAACUGAAGAAAUGUGGAAUUCAACUGGAUUCUGAGCAAACUGUAAUGCAUUUUACAGUUUGCUUUCUUAGCAACAGAAUUAAGUUCUAAAAUUUCUUCAUUUUGUUUCAUGUCUGUAAACUGCCGUCUCCUGUUCUGGUCAUAGCGUUCUCCUCUCAUUUUCAGAGCAAUUGCUUACACUUCUAUUGCCAAAUCAGUAUCACUGUCAAUCUACAUUGAGUCCAACAUGUCUCACUGCUGUGGUGUUAUAUGUGAAUUAAAAUAAAAUGCUGA